AAUAAAUUUGCUCAUGCUCACUUGUUUUUGUGUAUUUUCGCUUACGUGAAUUCUUAUUUUGGAUUGUUGGUGAUUAUGCUUGCAUUGCAAAGUAAAAUUUGAGUGUGUUUUAACAAAAAUGACGGAAAAUCUUAGCUCCGCACAAAGCGAGUUUGGUAAUAAUACGCGUCCACAAGAGGACUACUCUAUGACAAUGGACCACGAUGCGGAUCCAAAUACGCAAGAGAGUCGAGAAGACAGCACACACACACCAAAUUCGUCUGCUCAUAACACAGAUGAAGAUGAUGACAGCGGUGAUGGCCGUAGUAGUUCGGCGCACGCUUCUUCAACUUUAAGCUACAAAGAGAGGCGUCGAGAAGCGCACACUCAAGCAGAGCAGAAAAGGCGUGAUGCCAUUAAGAAGGGUUAUGAUAGCCUUCAGGAGUUAGUGCCCACAUGUCAACAAAAUGACUCAGCGUCUGGAUACAAGUUGAGCAAGGCGCUUAUAUUGCAAAAGUCCAUCGAUUACAUUGGUUAUCUCAAUUUGCAAAAGAAAAAGCAAGAGGAAGAAAGUGGUGCACUGCAAAAGGAAGUGGCCGCUCUGCGUAUAAUACAACAAAGUUAUGAGCAUAUGUUGCAGCAUCAGCAAGCUAAUCCUGGCCCUGAGGAAGCACGUCUAACUGAUGAAGCGAAAUUUCAAGUGUUUCAGGCAAUUAUGGACGAAAUGUUCGAUACAUUCCAGCAUAUACCCAUGGAUAACUUUAAGCAGCUGACAACAGGUGUCAUACCGUGGUUAGAGGAAUACUGCAAGCCACAUAUUUUGCGCAGCAUACUGAGUCACACCUUGCAACAAAUGUCACAGUCGCAAGUGCAUGAGAAGCAGAAACAACAGCAAGACAGUGAAGGAUUCAGUUGAUUUAGUAGCAGAUGCCGCCAGAACAGCAAUAAAUAGCUAAAUUUAAUGCGGCAAAUAAUUAUCCACACUUAAUUUGUUUAAAUUAGUGAUAUUUUACUCCGGGAAUCAUGUUAAUAAUUGUUUUAUUUUAAAGAGCAUUUGCCAAAUAGUAAAAUUUCCUCUUAAUUAGUUUAGUCAAAUUUUACGUUAUACAAACUCUGUCGUUCACCCUGUAUAAUGAAAACUCAAGAUCCAUAUAUUUAUGUGUGUCUCUUUUUAAAUACCUUACAUAUCCGUUGCAAAAUUAUAGCACUACCACACAUUCGGGCAGGCUCUGUAAUUCACUUCCGAACGAGUUUCAUUAAAAUUAUAAAACCAACCCAUUGACAAGUUUUAACUGUUUUUUGUUUAUCUAUUAAUUUCCAAUAUCUUUUUUCGUGAAAAUAAAGUUCAUUGUAUAACAAAGGCCAUGUUAAUUCAAACUUGGCACAGGAUUUUGAAAAUUCGUGAAUUUGUCAUCAUGUUUCAAUAUUUUUCAA